AUGUGCAUCGUACUUUUAACCACCGCCCAUCCCGAUUAUGCGCUCAUCGCCAUCGAUAAUCGGGACGAGUUCAUCCUCAGACCUACAUCCCGACCCCACUGGUGGACUCACAGCACAUCCGGUAGACCAGUCUUGUCAUCCAGGGAUCUCCAACGAGCAGAGAAAGGAACAUGGAUGGGACUCAGCAAAGACGGCCAUCUAGCCGUGCUCACAAACUACCGAGAAACCGACAUCAAGGAUCAGAGCCACCCUAUUCAUGCUGCCAAAAGCCGCGGUGGUAUGGUCACCGCCUGGCUGGGAACGCCACCUGAGGAGAGCCUCAAAGAUAGCGUUCACAAAUUGGUGGAGAACGACGGAGUUAAAGGCGUCGGAGGAUUCUCCAUGGUUUGCGGCAAGCUGAGAAAAAAUACUUCCGGAAUUGCUAUUGUUAGCAACAGAGCCGGCAACGUCAAUGAUGUGCCCAUUAUUGCUAAAGAGCGAGACGAGAUGUGGGGGUUGAGUAACACGGCGUUUGAUGCAACGGGCAAGGAAGAAGAAUGGGCCAAGAUCUCAAUUGGAAAGAAACUUUUCCGCGAAGCCAUUGACAGUUCUGUAUCUGACAAGUCGACCCAGGAGGAUCUGAUUUCCAACCUGUUAGAUGUCCUCACCCACGACACACUACCGAGGAACGAAGACGCCAGUCUGGUCGAGUAUAUCAACGAGCUCAAGAAAAGCGUAUUUAUCCCGUUGAUCGGCGACGAAAAGCAUCGAAAAGCGAUGGAAGCCGCCAUGGCGAAGGGACCCGGCGUGUGGGCGACAGACGACCAAAAAGCAGCCGAAGAACUCAUGUCGGAAGGACGACCGGAUCCAAGCACAACACCCAUCAUGGGCUUCGAGACGGGCAUGUACGGUACGCAGCGUCAGACGGUGGUGUUGGUCGAUUGGGAGGGUAAAGUCACCAUGGUCGAAAGGGCGCUUUGGGACGGCAAUGGCAACGCGGUGCCGAAAGGAGAGGGAGACUUGAAGUUUGAGUUUUCUAUUAAUGGAUGGAAUGAUGAAUCUUGUAAUGGAAUUAUCAAUGGAGUCAAUGGUGAGAGCAAUGGACAUUUGUAA